GACGAUGGCUCGCUUUAUGAUCCGGAGAAGGAGCCGCAAAUGGCCCCACCUGUUGGCGUGGAGGAGGAUGCUGCCGCGGCUGAGGCAGAGGCAGCGGCAGAAGCGGAAGCCGCAGAGGCGGCCGCUGAGGCGGAAGCUGCAGAGGCGGCUGCAGCGGCGGCCAUGACGGCCGAGGAGGAAGCCGAGGCAGUGGCUGCUGCCAAAGCCGCGGAGGCCGCGGCCUUGCUCGAGGCCGAGCUGGCAGAGGCUGAGCGAGUCUCGGAGGAGAUGGCCCAG